AUGGCGAUGAAACACUUAAUGGCCGUGGUGGGCCUGAGCGUAUGCUCCGUUGUGCUGACGGCCAAAGCGCAAUCCACCGCUGCAACAGCAUGCGCAAGCCCCAUUGCCCCACAGAAUGGUGCUCCUUCGGUGGCGCCGGGUUUCCGUGUCGAGGUCGUGGCUAAUGGGCUGAGGGACCCACGCGGCAUUAUUUUCGAUCGGGAAGGUGGGCUGCUGGUUGUAGAACAAGAGCAUGGGUUGAAUCAUGGGAUCGCAUUCGCGCAGGACGGUAAUACGCUCUACGCAUCCUCCCACAGCAAUGUCUACGCUUGGGACUACGAUGCAUCACAGGGUCAGACUACAUCUGAAUCCCGUGAUGUUGUCGAGGGCAUGGGAGACGAUGAGGGUCAUACUACACGUACCCUACUUAUGUCCCAGGCCGUUCCUGACAUGCUACUCAUCUCCCGUGGUAGCGUAGGUAACAUCGAUCUCCAGACUCUGGAUGUGACUACAGGAGUCUCAACCAUUAAAGCCUUCAAUGUGGGCAACAUGACCGGCUCAGCAUACGAUCAUGCGUCAAGCGGACUGUUGCUGGGUUGGGGUCUUAGAAACUCGGUAGGCGUAGCAGAGGAACCUGUCUCAGGUGGUAUCUACUCUGUCGAGAACAGUGUCGACAACAUCCCGCGAAGUGGACAAACCAUCAAUCAGAACAACCCAGGUGAGGAGCUUAACUUUCACGGUUACCUCAAUGGAACCGGAAGUGAUGUACAGGGUGGCAACUACGGCUAUCCUUCAUGCUUCACAGCAUGGAAUGUGUCCGAGAUCCCAAACUUUGGCGGAAUGACAGGCCAGCAGUUUGCCAUUGGAGAUCAGAACGCAACUGUGAACGACACAUUUUGCGAGAAUGAUCGUAUUGCUCCUAGGAUCACGUUCGACGCUCACAUGGCUCCCCUCGAUAUCAAGUUCAACCCCAAUGGCACUGCCGCAUGGAUAACUAUGCAUGGUUCAUGGAACCGUGAAGAGCCUAUCGGCUACAAACUCAGCUUCGUCCAGUUUGACGGUAACGGCUCGCCAGUCGCACCUGCCAACAGCACCACAGCUGCCAUUGAUAUUGUCUCCAACCCCGACCUCUCUGCUUGCCCCGGCUCUUGUUUCCGACCCGUUGGUCUUGCGUGGGAUACCCAGGGUCGCUUAUUCAUGAGUUCUGAUUCUACGGGCGAGAUUUUCGUUGUUACGAGAGAGGAUGGCAGUGGUGUUGCGGAUGUGAACGAGGCGGCGGAUGCUGGAAAUGGUGCGAGCGCGAGCCCAACAGGAUCUGGAAGUGCGCCUCAGCCGAGCGAGACUACUGUCAUUCACAUCAACAUGUCUCGCCCUCUGGGCCCAACUACUGCUACGGCAUUCGACUCGCUACCUAUAGAACUCAACAAGGCCAUCGUUCAUGAACUCGACAACGACAAGGAUAUUGCGAAUUAUCGCCUGAUCUGCCACUCUACAAACGAUGCUAUCGAUGCAGACAAACUUUCCUUCUGGCGCGCCAAGUAUCGCGAGAAGUAUGACUUCAAGGACGGUCUUAACAAUCUGCAAUUAUGUCGCGUGUAUCAGCGUCGCUCCAAGCAGCUUAGACGAGGGAUCAAAUACCCCUUCUUCCAUGGCAUUCGUCAAGGAGAGAGACAGGUCGUCAAUAUGCUCAAGGAUAUGAUCAAUGAGUCAUUCCAAGGAGCUACCACAGUUGACGAGCAUGGCCGUCUCCGCUGCAAGAAUCACGCUCACAUAUUGGACUUCAUUCUCAGAUCUCGCCUUCUUAACAACGACCGACGCGCCCCCGACACCCCACCCGGCACAUUGAUGCACAUUGAUGAUGGGCUUGCCGCAGUGAAGCUUAUGUGCUCUCAAUUUGUCUUCAACAUCGAAGGCUUGGAGCACAACAUCUUUGCUUUUGAGGAGUCGCAGCACGCGGUUUACCUAUCUGCAUCUGCUGCUCCACUCUUCAAUUACGAUCACACAAAGUUGAACCUCGGUUGGAUGCUACACGCCAUGAGCUUCUUCCGUCAUCAUAUGAUGAACGAGAACGCCCAGACACUCUUCGACAGGAUCGAAGGGCUAGACGCUACCCAGAAGCCCUCAGCAUGGCGAGAACAGCUUAAGAAUGGUGUUCAGCCGUUGAGUAAGUACUGGAAGGGCACAUACUCAUUUCUUGAUAAUUCUGAGGUCCAGAAGCUGCGACGACAAGGUCCAGGAAAGCAAGUGUAUAUCGACAAGAACGUUGACGAAGGCAAAAUCCAGUCUCUCGAGCUCGUUUUCGCAGAAGAUAGUGUUCUGCCCGAUGGUCGUCGGCUACCAUGGCCCUCCGUUUUUGAAGACCGUCUCCGUUCGCUCACGAACGACACUGGCAAGCAAGGCAUCACAACUCAAGGCCGGAGUCUAGCUAAGUCUACCGCAUCCAGCAUUCAGUUUGAGGGCAAGGGCGAGGACCUUGACGACGAAUAUAUGGCUCUUGGAUGGCUCAACAACCUGCCUCCUCAAGGCGGUAUCCCUGGCUGGCAGCGCAUCACCUUCAUGAAGCACUUCACCCAGGACUACAACAACCUAAACGAGGACAAUCUUUGGGCAUAUGAGGGCGUUGUUUUGCCAGGUGGCCGGAUCAUUCUGGGUCGAUGGUGGUUUGCUUCGGAGCAGGGUCAUCGUAACCUAGAGUACAACGGACCUUUCAUCUUGUGGGCGGUCGAUGAACCCGACAUGGAGGAUAAUGACAGUGAUAACUGUGGCGACGAAGGUCUCUGA